GUUGGAUGGGGUUUGUUAAGGGGGUCGUAACCACGGCCGCCGUCACACGCACUUCCACGGGCCUACAAAAGAACUUUCAUAUUCAAUUGGGCCUAACCCCCCGUUCUCUCUCUCACCCAAUCCCUGUACCUCGACAUUAGAAUUUCUCUGCAACUUCGAGCUGCUCGGUAUAGGCUAUAGAGUGCCAAGGUUGAAUUCUUUCUGUUCGUUCCUGCUUGAGAAAUGGCGAUGUACGUAGUGUACCGGCGGCUUUCAGGUGGAUCGACCACUUCACAGCAGCUAGUUGGAGCCUUGCGUUACGCUACUUGUUGGAGAUCAUAUUCAACUGGCUUCAGGGAGGAACGCGACACUUUUGGCCCAAUCCUUGUGCCAUCUGACAAGCUAUGGGGAGCUCAAACUCAAAGAUCGUUACAGAAUUUUGAUAUUGGCGGCGAGCGUGAGCGGAUGCCUGAACCAAUCAUUCGUUCCUUUGGCAUCCUCAAGAAAUGCGCUGCCAAGGUGAACAUGGAGUAUGGACUGGAUCCAUCUAUAGGUAAAGCGAUUAUGCAAGCAGCACAAGAAGUGGCUGAAGGCAAGUUAAAUGAUCAUUUCCCCCUCGUGGUGUGGCAGACUGGAAGUGGCACUCAAAGCAAUAUGAACGCCAAUGAGGUCAUUGCCAAUAGAGCAGCUGAGAUCCUUGGCCACAAGCGCGGUGACAAGUUUGUGCAUCCAAAUGACCAUGUCAACAGAUCACAAUCUUCUAAUGACACAUUUCCAACGGUCAUGCACAUUGCUGCCGCAACGGAAAUAAAUUCAAAAUUAUUACCAAAAUUGAAAACUUUGCAUACUACACUGCAGUCAAAGACCAUUCAAUUUAAAGAUAUUGUUAAAAUUGGGCGCACUCACACUCAAGAUGCAACACCGUUGACUCUUGGCCAAGAGUUUAGUGGCUAUACUACCCAAGUGAAAUAUGGGAUUGAUCGUGUCAUGUGCACUCUACCUCGCAUGUAUCAGCUUGCACAGGGUGGUACUGCUGUAGGGACUGGAUUGAAUACGAAAAAAGGGUUUGAUGUGAAAAUUGCUGCAGCAGUAGCAGAGGAAACUAACCUACCAUUUGUCACAGCGGAAAACAAGUUUGAAGCUUUGGCUGCACAUGAUGCCUUUGUUGAAAGUAGUGGAGCCCUUAAUACAAUUGCUGUAUCUCUUAUGAAGAUUGCAAACGACAUACGCCUAUUGGGAAGCGGUCCACGUUGUGGCCUCGGUGAACUCAUUCUUCCUGAAAACGAGCCAGGCAGCAGUAUUAUGCCUGGGAAAGUCAAUCCCACCCAGUGCGAGGCUCUCACUAUGGUGUGUGCUCAGGUUAUGGGAAACCAUGUCGCCAUUACAGUAGGUGGAUCAAAUGGACAUUUUGAACUAAAUGUAUUCAAGCCAAUGAUUGCCAAUGGACUUCUACAUUCACUUAGAUUGUUGGGUGAUGCCUCUGCUUCCUUUGAAAAGAACUGCGUGAGGGGGAUUCAAGCAAAUAAGGAAAGGAUCUCAAAAUUAUUGCAUGAGUCGCUCAUGCUUGUCACUUCGUUGAAUCCUAAAAUUGGCUAUGACAAUGCUGCAAAAGUUGCCAAGACUGCCCACAAGGAGGGAAGUACCUUAAAGGAAGCUGCAUUGAAACUUGGAGUGCUCACCAGUGAAGAAUUUGACAGUCUUGUGGUGCCUGAGAAAAUGAUUGGCCCAUCGGAAGAAAUUACUGUUACAGUUUGAGGCUCAUCUUCCUUUUUUUUUGGCAUCAAUUGGUCUGGUUUUUCAUUCUUCCAGCCAUUCUCUCUAAUCUCUGAUGAAUAAUUAACUAUUCCAGUUGAGAGCAUAUUUUUUUCACUUUCAGGGAAUCAGUAUUCUCGAGGUUUUCCGGUAGGAAAGCCAAUAAAAAAGAAGGCCUCCUGAAUUUUGCACUGAGAUUUAUACAGAAAAAAGCUGUAGAAUGGUCUUGAGGUUAAUUUUUCGAGCAAAACAAGUGAUAAAGCUCUCUGGUAUCAUGUUUUAUCCAUUUUCUGCUGAAGAAAUAAAUGAACAAGUGUUAUUGUCA